UAUAAGAAAUUAUAAUGACAUUUUUAUGGUCAGUGCCCCAGCCCCCUUUCUGAUACACUUAUAAUGAGGUAUUUGUUGCUCACUGUAGAUUUUGAAACAUCUGAAUAUCUGUACUUGUUGGGAACAAUGUCCAUGCUGAAGAGGUCAGGGUUUGGGGGUUUUGUCCUGUUUGCACUUGUUCCUCUGAUCCAUGCUGCCUGCUGGACAGAGAGAUUGAGAUUAGGUGUGAAUUACUGUAUUGAUAAAACGGAUAAAACAUGGCACAGGGUCGGAUCCACCUGGAGGAAUAGCGUAUGCGAAAAGUGCCAAUGCAACAGCUUCUCCAUGGACUGCUGUGAUGGAUUUCCAACGCACGUGACUAACGGAUGCAUCAUUGCAUAUAAUUUCCGAACGUGUACAUAUACAUUAACCAGUAUGGACCCAAGUGUUACAUGUUACGUUAUUGGAAAAUAAUUAUCAAGGAUUAAAACUCAUCACAACAUACACAAACCUGUGCAGUGCUGCUUAAACAGGAUAAACUGACCCUACAAUAAAGCAUUACUGAUUUAAAG